AUGACUGAUCGAACUAUCUCAGUUCAGUUACUUUGUUCAAAAUCACGCGUCGCUCCAUUAAAAACGCAGACAAUACCAAGACUUGAGUUAUGUGCGGCUUUACUAGGAGCACAAUUGGUAGUAAAGGUAAAAAAGGAUUUGGAAUAUGAACAUCAUCCGAUAUUUAUGUGGACUGAUUCUGAGAUAACAUUGCAUUGGAUCAAUUCAGAACCAUCAACAUUCCAAACUUUCGUUGCUCAUCGUAUCAGUAAGAUUCAGCAAUUAACACUAAAGGAACAGUGGAGGCAUGUCAAUACUAAACAAAAUCCAGCUGAUCUAUUAUCCAGAGGUGUAGAUCCAAUUUACAUUCAGAAGAAUGCAAUGUGGUUUUAUGGGCCACUUUUCCUUCAUGGAAAUCAAGAAUGCUGGCCCCAACCAUUCCGUCAGGAAUUGAUAACAUCCGACCAUAUACAAGCGGAAGUCAAAAGGAAGGUACAUGUGCUUACAAUUUCACAUGAUGAUGAACUAAUCAAAAUGAUUUAUACGAUAAGGCAUGGAAACUCAUUCAUAAGGUUGCAACGAAUUCUUGGCUAUGUGUUGAGAUUCAUCAAAGGGUUACGUAAUAAGAGCAAGCACAACGACAUCAAUUUGACACCAUUAGAACUGGAUGAGUCAUUACUCAUAAUUAUAAAAACCAUACAGCUAAGUGAUUUCAAUGAAGAACGACAUCAACUCUUAAAGUAA